UGAAAUGUAUAAAAAAAUAAUACGGUGUCUCUGCUAUUUAAUACUUACUUGGCACACUGUAAGUGUCGGUAGAGUGAAAGCAGGGAAAGAUAACGACUCCGAACAGCCUUUUACGAUACUCUUAGAUGCAGAGAAUGAAAUCAGAAAUGUGGUGAACGGCUUAGAUUCAUUUAGUAGCAAACAAGAUAGCAUGGAGGAGACGCUAAAAAGUGUUCAGACCGUUCUGGAAAAAAUCGAAGAACGAUUGUUGGAACUAGAAAGCACCGUUAAGACUGUUGCGAAUAUUGAAGAAAUAGUCGAGUCUUUUGGAAAAUUAUUGGAAAGUCGUCUGGGCGAAAUAGAGAACAAGUUGAGUUCCACGGAAAAUAUUCAACAAGUAAACCAUGCCUUUAUCGAGCGGCGGUUAGAUGAAUUGGGGUCAAAUUUGAAGUCAACCCUAAGUAAACAAGAAGUAGUCCGGAGUGGAGUUGGAGGUGUACCUGAUAAAAGCUUAGCGGAUAUCCCCGCCGAAGUGAACAGAUGCGCCAAGAUGGCUAGCUGUAAACUAAAAGAUGCACGCAAUAAAACGAUUUUGUCGAAACCAGAAGUAUAUAGUGAUUGUGCCGAUGCGUGGCAGCAGCGUGGACCUCAAUUUUUUACCGGAAUUUAUGAAAUCAAUUUGCCAAACUUUCAGCCGUUCGAGGUGUUUUGUAUGAACGAAUGUACCACUUGUUGCCCUUGGACUUUAGUAAUGCACGGAAGUGCGCAAAGUGCAGAAAAAAUUUAUCAAAGGAGUUGGCUUGAAUACAAGCACGGUUUUGGAAGUGCAAGCACGGACUAUUUCAUUGGUUUAGAUCGUUUGCAUGUGUUGACAAAGCGAGCGCCACAAGCCCUUAUGGUUCGCGACUAUGUUAUAGGAAACCAAAACAUUUUCAAGGAGUUCAGCAUUAAAGAUGAGCGAUACGAUUUUGCGGUGGAUAAUUUAGUAAAAUUAAUGGUGCAGCCUUGGGGUUAUAACGAUAUCUCAGAUGGCACAGGUGAUACAUUUUCAAGUAAUAGUGUGUGUGCGAAGGUGCGAGGUCGCAGUUGGUGGUAUAACCAAGGAUGUAUCUCCAGCUUCGGAAUUGAGUCAUUUACUGAAAACAUCUUUAUGGCGAUUCGCCCCAAGGCGUGUCAGGAAGAUCAAUAAUAAGUGAAAUUAUGUAUUAUUUUAUAUUCCAUUUCAAUAAAAUUAAUAAAAACCGAGAAAAAACGUUACACCGUA